AUGUACCACUUCGUCCGUCUAAAGAGAAAGGGAGCGGAGGCUGAAAUAUGUGGAUCAAAUGACGAUAAAUUGCUACUCAAGGCCACAAAAAAGUUUCACACAUAUCUUUUACAUGACCCAAUUAAGGAAAUAAUACCUGGAGUUGUUCCUCGACUCUUUGAGUUUCUUGACAGAGAUGAUUACCCGCAGCUUCAGUGUGAGGCAACAUUGGCUAUAAGAAAGAUUUCAAGUUGUUUAUAUGGUAAGAUCAACAUGCUGAUUGAUCACGGCGCAAUUCCCAUUAUGAUGCCAAAGGAGAACGGAAAUGCAGCAGGAGCUCCUAAGCUAGUUGAACCUGAGAAAACAAGUGACCGCCAAAAAGGAGGAAGUAGAAGAGGUAGAGAAGAAUUAACUGAAGAGGAAGAACCAGAAGAAGUAGAAGAACAAGAGGAGGAAGAGGCUGACAUUGCUAAUGGAGAUGAAACUAGAAGUAGAAGAACAAGAGGAGGAACAGGGCUCAUUGCCAAUGCAUUUAAAGUUGAGAAUGAGCAUGAGACUCCAAAACGUGCUGAACUUCUUGCCCUUCCUCCUCAUGGUUCAGAAGUAUAUAUUGGUGGAAUUUCUCAAGAUACUACAGAGGAAGACUUGAGAGGUUUUUGUGAGUCUAUUGGGGAAGUGGUCGAGGUCCGAAUAAUGAAAGGCAAAGAUUCUGGUGAGAACAAGGGCUUUGCUUUUGUGACCUUUAAAAAUGUUGAGUUUGCAUCUGAAGCCAUUGAAAAGCUGAACAAGGCUGAGUUAAAUGGGAAAAGGAUAAAAUGUUCUCCAUCUCAAGCAAAACACCGACUGUUUAUUGGUAAUAUUCCUAAGAGCUGGAGUGAUGAAGAUCUGAAGAAAGCAGUCACAGAAGCUGGGCCCGGUGUUACUUCUGUGCAACUGGUUAAGGCUAUGAUCGAGGCUGGUAUUAUUUCACAUCUUCUCCAACUACUUCAAAAUGCUGAUUUUUCAAUGCUGAUGUCACUCGUUUUGGCUAUUUUUUAUGCCAUUUCUAACGGAACUAACGAGCAAAUUAAGUUCUUGGUGCACGAGGGUUGUAUAAAGUCAUUGUGCGAUCUUCUAGUUGGUCCCAACGAAGCGCGUGUCAUAAAACUCUGCUUGGAAGGCCUUGAGAACAUUCUGAAGGUUGGAGAAGCUGAGAAGCCCCAAGGUAACACCGAAGAUGUGAAUGUCUUUGCUCAGAUGAUUGAUGAUGCUGGGGGUCUACAGAAGAUUAAGUUGAGAAGAACCAAGGUAACACGGAAGAUGUGA